CAGAACCAGCGCCGCGACGCCUCGUCACGCACAGUCGCGGCUCGAACGCCGUUCGAUGCGAACGUGUCGUUGUUACGGUCCGUCCUCGACCGCCCUCUCUGUCUACCUGUCUUUUUCUUUCACAUUUUCUCUCUCUCUCUCUCUCUCUCUUUCUUUCUUUCUUUCUCUUUCUCUCUUUUUCCUUCUCUCUUGUUGGCUAAUCUGUCUCGUGUCAUCUUCCUUCUCUAUCUCUAUCUUUUUUCUCUUCUUUGUUUUUCUUAUUCUAUCCUAAUCAUCAACGAAGACUCUACGAGGGAUUGUACAUACGAGAAUAUAAUAACAAACAACCAUUGAUAAUCUCGAUUUUUUUCUCAAAGUUGUUCGUUGAACGAGAUACUAUAUAUGUAUAUAUAUAUCAAAUCGAAGGUGUGACUCGGAUAAUGAUAUUUCUUUUUUUUUCGCGAGUGAUUAGUGACUUUAAUUUUCAUCGAGGAUUCUAGUGCUCCCGAUUCGUUAACAACGCUUGCUCUUCUCUUCUCAUCCGAGAGAAAGAAAGACAGUUGCGUUGAGAGCACGUGUCUUCGUUACGAGGGUUAAUACCUCCAAGAGUUUUCGCUAUGGCGUAUCUCGUAUUGAAGAUUUCUUCGUCUAUUAAAAUUUUUCAAACGAAGACAACGCGAUUUAUCUAGUCCCGUGCAAACUUUUAAAGUAAUCAGCGUGAUGGUGUGAAUCUAUUUGACAGAAUUGAGAUUCUUCUUUUAAAAAGGAUCUUCGUUAUUCUUUUCGAUAUCUUAAUUUUGUGAAAGAGAGGAGAAAGAAAGAAAAUAAUAUAUAUAUAUAUAUACAAGGAGAGUAAAGAAAGAAAAAAGAAAAAAGAACAAAAGAAUUAAAAUCGAAAAAACGGAGGUAAACAAACGAACGGGCAGUGCUGUGUCUGUCAUAAAUGGCGGUGACUCGCGAGCCCUGGAAUGCUCGCUGAGAGCUUGUUCUUAGGAAGGGAAUGGAUUUUCAGAGCGCGAUGGACACGUUCGUCGAGGCAUGGAUGGCUGCUAACACAAAAAACGAUCAAGUACAGAGUCAAGCGUUGGCAUUGACGCAUAAGACGUCGCCACCUUCGAGACCCAGCAGUGUCUCGUCCUUACCAAGGAGUCCGCAGUCUCAUCAGUCUCAACAGUCGCAGCAACAGAGCACCCCUCAACCCCCGCCGAGCACGCAUCUUAGCCAGUCGCAGACUCCCCUUGGUGCGUCCUCCCAUCAGACACCGUUCUCUGCUCACAAUCAGCACCCAAAGCAAGAAAUUGCUGCGAGUCCGAAACAAGAAGGCUUUGACCUUAGCAAGUCAGCCUCCAGUACCGCGAAAAAUCUUCCGGUUCAUUGCGUCGUCGAGACUAUUCAUAACAUCGUCGAGAGUCAUGCGAGCAAUGCACGUGAAAAUUGGCGAAGACCUCAGAUCGAGACCGAUUCUUAUGUAAUCAUACCGGUUGCGAUGCCCUUUCAGGAUUUAGUCGGCGAGGCAUUGGUCCGGCUGGGUUACUCGAGCGAUUUGAUACCCAGCGCAAGAGGUAGCAUAGUGAUAAGAAACUGGAAACCUCUGCCGAUGGAAAAAGUAGCUGAAGGUCCACUUUUAACCGUUGGCGAUAUCCUUGCGGAACUUACUUCGGUAGCAACCUUGAAGAUUCAGGUUUACAGAUCGAGACCACCACCUCCUAGUCCAGCAGCCGAAGUCAGAAAUAAAUUGCUCAGGCUGCUUUUACUUCAUAGCCACGCACUUCUCGUAUCCGCAGGAUGUCCUUUGGACGAGAUGACACUGUUGUCGCUCUGUAGAGGCGGCAACGAUCUAUCGGAGGAGACCAAGAGGAAUUUUGAGUCUUGGCUACAGCAACAACAAUUGGGUCUUGGUCUGAAUCCGAUCGUACCAUCCUCGAAUCAUCAUCAUCACACUCAAAGUCCUCAACCAGAUGGUAGCGGACCGAUCGGUGCUGGAAGUGGUGCGAUUGGACCACCACAUCCAGCUCUUUUACAUUACUCUCAUAAAACACGUAUGAGAACUAGCUUCGAUCCAGAACUCGAGUUACCACGACUUCAACGUUGGUUCGGUGAGAAUCAGCAUCCAACUCGACAACAAAUACAACAUUACGUGACGGAAUUAAAUUCGUUGGAGUCGCGACGGGGUAGGAAACCAUUGGACGUGAACAACGUCGUUUAUUGGUUUAAGAACGCAAGGGCUGCUCAAAAGAGAGCUGAGACCAGGGGUGUCAACGGUUACAGUCCACCAGGACUGAGUCCAAGAGGCGCUAGUAUCGUUAGUGAAGAUUGUUCCGACGAGGAGGAGGACUCUAGGCAUCAGUCGACGUCACCGUUGCCCUGCCCACCUAGUAGCCCACCGGUCGGUCCAUUGUCCUUGACUACUCGACCAGAGGAUCAACAACCGCCACCUUCGACGCCAUCUUUGGUCAAACAAGAGGACACCAGAGUAUCAUCUGGUUCCGAGGACGAAGAAGCUAGACCGACUGGUCCUCUUCCACCAGGAUUUUCAUUAGUACCCAGUCCAAUGUUUGGACACGGCAUUAUGUACAUGUCACAUUAUUUGCCACCACGUGGACCAGCUGGAUGUCCGACGAGUAUGCUCGACGAAAGGAGAAAGAGAAACCGGACGUUCAUUGAUCCCGUAACGGAAGUACCCAGGCUCGAGACUUGGUUUACUCACAAUACUCAUCCGAGCCAUGCGCUCAUUCUCAAGUACACGGAGGAGUUAAAUCGAAUGCCCUAUCGUCAGAAAUUUCCACGAUUGGAGCCGAAGAACGUGCAGUUUUGGUUCAAGAAUCGUAGGGCCAAGUGCAAGCGAUUGAAAAUGGCCCUGUUCGAAGGCGAGUCACCUCAACAACAUCCAUACCACGCAGAUUAGUUCCUUUUAUCUUAAUCGCAUUAAACUAGAGACACUCAGCUCAACUCUACUGAAGAAGAAGAAGAAGGAGGAGGAAGAGGAAGAGAAGGAAGAGAAGAAAGGAAUCGUGAAGAACCUCAAACGAAUGCGAAUCGUGUUGUUAUAAGAAAAAAAAAGCCGAAUACUCGAAUGCACUAUUACUUUGAUCGCAUCGACAUACUGUCGGCCAUCUUUAUUGUAAUUAUAUCGCGUAAUGAUUAAUAUAAUUAUCAUGGAAUUUGAUCAAUGUAAAUACGAGAACGAUGUCGAAUAAACCUGUAUGUCACGA